GGGAAAACCCUCUGUGCUGCUGUGGGAGUCUCCUUUAAAAAUCUUACCGCGUCAUUGGGAUGCGGUUGCCGGAGCCGGGCACCUAGCCGACCAUCCCCGCUCAUAUGCCCACCACCGAGAGGGACCACUCGCCAAAGAUGACAGCUCCGUCAAACCCACCUCAUGCCGCUCCACAGGAGCAACGCUUUCUGGUGUUGUUUGACUUUGACGAGACCAUCAUCAGUGAAAGCAGUGAUGACGCUGUGGUGCGUGCUCUGCCGGGCCAGAAGCUCCCUGACUGGCUGAGGAACAGCUACAGGGAGGGUCACUACAAUGAGCACAUGCAGAAGGUUUUGGCGUAUAUGGCGGAGCAGGGCGUGUCCAAAGAUUCCAUCCAUUCAGCUGUGGUGAAGAUCCCACCGACUCCUGGCCUCCUGAACCUCUUCCAGUUUCUGCAGAGCCACCAGCAGGACUUUGAGCUGGCUGUGGUCUCCGAUGCCAACAUGUAUUUUAUUGAAACGUGGCUGGAGCACGCUGGGUUUCGCCACCUUUUCAGGAAGAUUUUCACAAACCCGGGCAGCUUUGAUGCGACCGGCCGCCUUGUGCUGCUCCCUUUCCACUCACACUCAUGCUCCCAUUGUCCCGACAACAUGUGCAAGCAGGCGAUCCUUCGGGAUUAUUUGUCGGGAAGGCAAAAGGAGCGUGGCGGUGCUGCCUUCCAGAGAGUGUUCUAUAUUGGAGAUGGGGCCAAUGAUAUCUGCCCCUCUCUGGCUCUGGAGCCCCAGGACACAGCCUUCCCCAGGAGGGGCUUCCCAAUGCACAAACUGCUGCUGGAGGUGCCGCAGUUCAAGGCAAACAUAGUUCCAUGGGUCAGUGGUGAGGACAUAAUGGACUCUUUGAAGAAAAUAAUGGAGGAGAGAUGAGAUCUGUGCGUGUCUGUGCUUGUGAAAGAGGAGGGAAAAUGCAGCAAAAGUGCACCUACCCUGGUAUUGGUGAAAAGCAAGAUAUGCAUGAUUUUAGCCCAGACACAAUUGGUACAACUUAUAAAGAUGUAACCAAACAAUAGUUCUGCAUUUUGGAAAUACACGUCUUGGUUUUGUUGCAGAGAGUUAGGUGUCUGUUGAGAAAUAUGUUAACUUUUUUCACUCUUUUUUGCUGAACAACGUGAACUAACAUGGCAGUCUGAGAAUUUUAGAAGCUCUCCAGGCAAGCAGUUCCGUCUUGUUUGCAGUCUUUAUGCUAAACUAAGCAGCAUAUUGACCAUGCAGACAACAGAAUGGUAUCUCUUAACCAGAAAGCAAUGAAGCUCCCAAAAUGUAGGACUAUUCCUUUAGUGCUAGCCUAGUAUGAAACCCUAAUGUAAUAGUAUUUAUGGUGUAUGCACUGUUACAGGUCUCAUUGGAAUGCAAAUGAAUAAGCUCGCAGGUUCAGAUGAUCAUGAUCAAUAAUGGACAUAUGCAGUAUUGAUUAUGCACUUCGUUCUCAAGUCUGAUCAAAAUGCUAAAGAACAUUUCAACCAAAGUGGAGUCUGAUGUGCUCUGGAGUGAACUGAAUCAGCUCAUCUAACAAACCAUCAGUAUGAAUGUAGUUUACGUGUGAAUAUCUCACUGUGUCUGACGUUUCUGAAUCUGUGUGAGUGUAGAGAUUACAGCUUGAAACUGUUCCAUCGUUGUGGGUCCCGGUGUUGACAAGCUUCUUUUUAAAACGCCAUCGAAGACCUCGACGACAGACGCAUAAGUGGGAUCAGGUGUCGUAGCGCUACCCGGAACAAAGGACCACACAUGUCGCGUCGGGCAGGGACAAGGACGGCGUGGAGCAGGAGUAAGGUGACAGGGACUCAGGUGCAGUACCCGUGCAUUCUACACCGCCCGGCACUGACACCUAAUCCAGGUCUUGAUUAUACAACUGUAAUCUACACCAGCAAGAGAUCCAGCAGGAGAGCCGCAGCCAUACACCUGUUAUACACUGUUUCUCUGACACAAUACAAUAAAGGGUAAUGUGAAGUACUAAUUUUAGAUUUUAAAGUCCUUUUGUGUAGGUAUUAGCUCACAUCCACUGUACCCUGAAAUUUAUUGGUGACAAAACCUUAAACUAGAAAUGAUUUGUAGUCUUUAACACCUUGCUUAUGUACGAAUGUAUAAACUACAGUAUUGUGAGUGAAUAGUAUUAAGGGUUUUGGUAUUACUAACUCAACAUCUAACCUCACUCUGCCUCACUGAAGUCAUGACAUGGCGAGAAAAUAUAUUUAGGAAAAUCUAAAUGGUGUCUGUUUUUAGCAUUUUAAAUUUUCUGUUCAGAAUCAAGAAAUGGAAUAUUUUGCUUCAGGGUCUUAUUUCCAUUUUUUCCAUCCUGUUUGCAACAAACUGUCCAAAUUACUGUACAGCUGAGGCAUGUGUACUGUACAUGUGUUCAUUUUUGCAGCCUGUUUAACACUGUUUUAACAUUUUUAGUAGGGAUUCUUUCAAGUAACUUUUAAAGAAAGCUGAUAAUUGAGGAUAUACCUGCAUUCAUUUUGUAUUUAAAAUCAUGUUUGUCAAGCCAUUAUACUUAGAAAUGGGCAAGUGGUGGUGCUGAUGAAAAGCAGUGCAGUGGUAUGUUUGUUAACUCAUGAAAUAAGUCGAGCCUUAACAAACAACUUAAGUGCUGGAAAUGUCCUUUAACCAGUGUUUUAGUUUCUCAGGGAGUAGAGAAGAAAACAAGCAAAGAUAAUACUACUAAUAUUAAUAAUAUAUGUGUAUAAAAAUGUGUUCAUUUGCACUCUUCACGCUAAGAACAAAACGUUUUAUUUGUGACUGAAAAGUGUGACCCUGACAUUCUUUUAGAUUAAGAGCUAAUCCAUUAAUGCUGUAUGAUUAGGAGGUUCUAGUUCUGUGAGCUUUCCUCUGUGUGACACUACAGUUGUUAGAAAUAUAAUACAGCAGUACUUUACUUCAGUUAAAUGUUUGUGUACCUGUCUAAAGAGUUUUGUGCAAUAAUUCAAAGCUGUAUACUUGAUAUAAAACAAGAGUUUAAACAGGAAGAAAAACUUUUCAGGGAUGUGAAUCGAGCCCGGAUCACCAAACCGUUGUAUUUUUUAACAAAACUUUAAAAUCACAUUAUAACAACCAAAUAAAAUGAUUCUGUGUUAGCCGAGACUGUGGUCAACUAAUACACUACCUUUUUCAUUUUUGUGGUUUGCUGUACAUCAAGUGUGUGUGUGCUGAAUCAAAAAUCUAAAAGUAAGUGUGUACAGCAUCAUUGUAACGGGAAUAUAAAGCCAUUAUCUGAC